AUGUCAACUUGUGAUAUGGAUUUUCCUAAAGAAAAUAUCUCAAUAAAAUCUCGAGUUGCUGAUCGUUGGAUAGCUCGUGAUAAUGUUAGUGCGUUUAUUAAAUGGUGCAAAGAUUUGGGUGUACCAGAAACAAUAUUAUUUGAAACAAAUGGAUUAAUGAAUAAGACCGAAGAGAAAAAUGUUUUACUUACCCUAAUGGAGGUUGCACGUAUUGCAAGUCGUUACGGUCUCACUGAUCUACCGUACUUAGUUCGUAUGGAACGUGAAAUUGAUGAGUUGGAAGCAAAACAUUCACAAGAUCAAAGUGAAAUAAAUUGUUUAUAUCAUGGUAGUAAUAAUAAUAAUAAUACAAAUAAUUUUACUACUCAUGCAGUGAUUAAUUUGAAAAGAAUUGAUAAUGAAAAAAUGGAUAAUUGUAAAUCUACUUCUAACUUAGAAAUAACUGUAAAUAAACGAAAAGCAAAAUCUCAGAAAUCUUCCAACUUCAAUACAAUUUCUGAUGAUGAUCACACGAAUAAAAAUUCUAAUAAUUUUAAUACAGUUCUAAUUGAUUCACAUUCUGAAAGUCAAUUUAUGAACAAUAAAAAUGGUGAUAAUUCUGUACAAACAUCUACUGAUAAUCAAGAUAUUUCUUGUGAUUGUAGUGUAUCAUUGUUAUCAAAUCAUUGUUCACAAAGUGAUACUUCAAAUAAUAAUGAUAAUAAUACCAGGUAUACCAAUUCACAUUCAGUGAAUAUACUCGAUGUAUAUAAUAAGAAUCAAUGUGAUCUUUGUCGAAAUGGUUCUUCUCAAGUUGAUAAUCCGAUUAGUAAUAAUCAGAACUCUACUUGUCAUCAUCACGCAUUAUUUGAAAUAAACAAUUCAGAAAAUUCAAAUUCUGCUAAACGUUCAAGAGCUUUGAAUGGCUCUCUUAUAUCCUUAGAAGAUAAUAAUGAUGGUCUGAGCAAGGUAGUUACAGACCAAUUUGUACAACAACAAGUGAAUAGGAAGUUGGCCCAAUGUACAUGUUGUAAUAAAUUGCAUAUGCAGCGUUUAGAAGAAGGUCGAUAUAAGCUAGGUUCACGUAUUUAUUACUUACGCAGAUUUCGUAAUCACGUCAUGGUGCGAGUUGGUGGGGGUUGGCUAACAUUAGAUGAGUUCUUGCAUCGUCAUGAUCCGUGUAGACGAGGAGUUCACUCAUUCAAUAUGGAACCAGCAGUUGUAACUAAUGAUAUCCCUCCCAUCAAGUCAUGUUUUAAUGUCCCUAAACCAAUUCGUCGACAUUCCGAAUUUGAAUCUCCACCUAUUUCACAGAUCAAUUCCAUGAGUAAUUUCAGCAGGCAAUGGUCUUGUGGUAGUAACAGUAGUAUGGAAAGCCCGAGAAGUGAUUCCAGUAUGAUUGACACUGGAAUAGUUAGCGAGAUUUCCAGUGGAGGAAGCAUUUCUCAAGCAUCUUCUUCAUUAAACUCUAUUAAACAAAUACAAGAAAGACCAAAAACAACUGCUCGUCUUACCAUACCAAAGGCUCCAAAUCUUAGGACGGCUUCACGGUCUCGUGAUACGUCUCAGAAAAAUUCAGAUUCUGGGAAGAAAAUUUCAGAUAUUGCUACUGCUGUUACACAUUCUCGUGCCUCUUCGGCAAAGCGGACAAAUGUUCCAGUAAAUAAUACAACAAAUUUUCGAACACCAUCACAGCCCCGUAAUCUUUCAUCAAAACGUGAAGACUCUGUAUCAAGAGCUUCAAAUAUCCGAAAACUUUCAAAAUCGCGUGAAUCCUCCGCUAAACGUGAAGAAUCCACACUGACAAAUUGUCGCGCGGAUUCUACAACUCGUCGGACUCUUUGGAGAAAUUAA